AUGACGCCCAAAUACAGCUCCCCUUACCCCAACAUUCUACUCUCUUUGCUCAACAUCCGCGGCUUAGAGAAUUCUAUCGAUCCGCGACUGGACCAAGGGAACACGACUUACGUCGUGAUACCAACGCGGAACGGGAGGUUAUUCUUUGUGAGUCUGAAGCAACGCGGAUAUUCCUGUGUUCUCAACGCACUCGUGCUGACUACUGAUAAGGACCCCUGCCAGAAGAACCCUUACGGUUGGGAUAUUGAUGUUCAUCAUCACACUCCCACGAAUCUUCUACAACAAUCAACUUUCCAGGAGUGGACGAAGCAGGUGAUGAGGUGUGAGGAUGCGCAAAAAAAUCCACGGUACCAUAAAUUUCUAGGUGAAAGGGUUGACGGGGACUGGGACAGUCCCGAUCACCGUAAUUUUGCGGUAGCUGCUCUCGCACUUGCUGCUCUGCAGGUGGAAAAGCAAGGGGAAGACUGGAGUCCACUACCACCGCCAUUCAUCGCGCGACAAGGGGAUCAGCAGCGCUCAAAUCAACCUCAGACUCUCCGAAUCGCGGUUCCUGGAACUGUGGUGAUUUGCCGUUCAGGCCAUUACCAACGCCUGCCGCAAAGCAACAAGCGAUUACUCAGUCUCGUUCCUAAGAUCUACGAACGGGUCUUCAGGCACGCUCGGCCAGUCAACAAACGAACAUUCCGUCUCAAACCACACGGAAUGCUGCAACCGAUUUACGGCCUACAUAUCGAUCAGCGGUGUAGAACCCGACAAGAUAUCAACAUCGUGCCGACCAGUCAAAUCCGCCAACCCCGCCGUAACGAAUUAGGACGACGCGGAUCUACAGUUCCAAAACCAAGUCCAGAUCCAGAGAGACCUGGAAGAAGUCCAGCACAACGCCCGGAAGAUAUCUCUUCGAUCGAAAGCUACAGACGUGCAAUCGGCAAUUUGAACAUGUGGACAGGAGAGCCCAUUUCUCCAACGGUAUUAGUCUGUUUGAUACAAGACUACAAACAUUCCCCCUUCCCAACUCUCAAACAUCCUGAUCGCUCUGGCACCGCGUCUCGUCCACAUCCCCAACAUUUACACAGCAGGCUUCUGGCCAAAGAAAAUUCAGAGAAGGUCGAUCGCCCUCCGUUACAGGACUCUCACGCCGCCCAUCCCAGUCAGUCUUCGAAUGGCACACGCGCCUCACGGUGGUCCUGGGCGUCGAGGGCGAAUAGUGUGACCAUUCCAGACGUAGUAAUCCACCAUAGCGUAUUCGAAUACUACGGGAAAGCCAGCUAUUAUGUCGGAAUUUCUAAAGCAAUAGUAGAGGCAAUCUCACGAAAACUUAGCACUGUAGGGGCCAACCCUGUAUUCGAGGAUAAGCGCAUUGUAUCGGACAAAGACUACUGGUGGACCAAGACAAGUCUAUUGCCGGCGGAAGAGGAUAAAGAGUAUAUUCGAGUUUGCGAAGAAGACGGAGACGAUUACUUUGCUUCAUUCCAGGAUUACUUCAACGAGUAUCUAACUACGAGCCUAGCAAACGUAACUGCUGCUCUCACCAAGGGAGGCGAGCUAUGGAGGGCCGGAAACUCCUUACCAUCAGCAACGAGUUGUAUUCAAUCACACAGAGGAGCCCGACUUCGGGCAUUCAUAUGA